UGUUAUGUCUCAGGAAAAACUCAAAACCAAACCGCAUAAUAAAUCAAUAAAUUGAACAAAGAAGUUGAUUAUAUCGAUUAAUUUUCUUGUAGUAAAUUAUUUUUCUUAAAAUCGCAAAUACAUAUUAUUAUUAAAUACAAAGAAAAAUAACAUAUCAGCAAUUAAAGACGAAAAUGGCAGAAAAUGUUCAAUACAUACCAAAGAAAGAAUUAAUAAACAUUAAAUGGAUAAUUCAGCAUUUCUCUUCUUUUAAUAAACAUGAAUCGAGAUCAUUUAACAUUGAAAGUAUAUCAAAUAUAAAAUGGAUUAUGCAAUUCUCUCUGUAUCAAGCACAAAAGUUAUGUUUGUUUAAACUUAUCAAUGAUAAAAAUGUGGGAUAUCGUUAUAAAUAUCCAUUAGAAAUAAAUCUUAUGAUUGGAUUAGAUAAUAAUUGUUUAACAUUAAAUAAUGUAACAACAAAAUAUAGUUUAGGUGAUUUUACAAAAUCUUUUCAAAUUUCCGAAAUAAUAGAAUUAAGAGAUUUAAAUGAUGAUUUGCAUGUACAUUUAAGUGUUAAUCUAUUAACAAAUCAAGAAAAAUCCAACGACAUGAAUUCAUCAUAUUCAACGAAUAUUAGUAUAAAUAAUUUUAAACCAUUCUUAAUGAGCGAUUAUCUAAGUGAUGUUGUAUUUAAAAUUAAUAAUAAAGAAUUUCCUGCUCAUAAAAUAAUGCUCGCUUCUGUGAGUUCUGUUUUUGAAAAAAUGUUUUCUCACCAAAUGAAAGAGAAUAUUACUAAUGUUGUGGAAAUAAAUGACGUUGAUCCAAUUGUUUUUAACGAAUUGUUAAGAUACAUUUAUACUGGCAAAAUAGAAAAUAUAAAUAAUAUGGCAUUUGGUCUUUAUGAAUUGGCUAAUUAUUAUGAUAUUAAUAAAUUGCAAUUAAUUUGUGAACAAUAUUUACGAAAUGGUUUAUUUGUGGAAAAUGUAAUUUAUAUUUUGGAACUUGCCGAUCGUUAUAAUUCUGUUGAUUUAAAGAAUAAAUGCAUUAAAUAUAUUGAUGGAAAUUUUGAAAAAGUAAAAAAAACGGAACCAUUUAGAAAUUUAAAAAGAGAAUUACUAAUGGAUUUUAUUUGUUGUACAAGAUAAAAUGUUUUUUUUUGUAUUUUUCAUUGUCACUUAGAAAAUCGUUUAUAUGACUUAAUUAUUUUUUUUAUAUUGAAAAAAUAUUUGCGUUAAACUAUAAAAAAAUUCUAUUUCAAUUAUAUUUUUAUUAAUAUUGAAAAUUUAUGAAUGUUGUAUUAAAAAAAGGAAAUUAAUAUUUUUUAUAUCUUGAUACUAUAUGUAAUUUUCAAAAAUACAAAACAAGAUUUUAAAUUGAAUGCAUGUUUGUUUGAAACAAAAAAAAAAAUACUGAAAUUCUCUGUUUCAAAAUAUAUAUCGCAUAUUGUAAACGUUAAAAGUGUGAAAAAAAAUUGAAACUUCAUGUAUGUUGUGUUAAAAAUGUUUAAAAAGGAGAGAGUGAAAAAUAAAAAGAUAGAUCUUUUUCUUUUUAAAUUUGAAUUGUAAAAAAGAAAAUGAUUUAUAAAUGUGAUUUAAAUAUAUAUACAAAAUAUUUGUCUUUCAUAUUUUAAAAAUGUUUAUAAUAGAAAAAUUAUAUGAUAAAUAAGUUGUGUAAAAGUAUAUUUCUAAAUUUGUAAAAUAUAUU